AUGAUGUACGCAAAACUAACCCACGAUGCAGCACAUCCCCACACUUUGCAACAGUUCAAGCCCAACCAACAUCUUGAUCUCCCUGAUCAUCUAGCCAUAAUCGAGGAGUCUGACCUUGAACGUGCUCACCGUCCGCCGCAUUCAUACCAGCGCGGACCCAAUACCUCACUUCAACCCUGUGUCGCUCCUUCCCUCUCAGAAGAGUUCGACAUGGUUGCCCACAGACGCGGCCCUUGGUCGCAGCACGAGGAUCAGUGGCUCGUUAACCUCGUCGCCCGUAAUGGACCUCACAACUGGGUACGCAUCUCACAGGAGAUUGGCUCCCGGUCACCAAAGCAAUGCAGAGAGCGCUACCACCAGAACCUGAAGCCAACACUGAACCAUGAUCCCAUCACCGGAGAAGAGGGGGAGCUGAUUGAGAAGAUGGUCGCUGAGAUGGGCAAGAGGUGGGCGGAGAUUGCAAGGCGGUUAAAGGGACGCAGCGACAACGCAGUCAAGAACUGGUGGAAUGGUGGCCAGAACCGCCGCAAGCGCAAUCCUGAGCGUCCUGAACAAAGAUCCCGAGAGCACAUGCACCAUCCCCAGACUGGCUACCACUACCCAACACCCCACAGCCAGGCUCAUCACGAGGAGCACCGGGUGUCUUCAUACCACGACUCACACAGGUCCUCUCUCAACAUUCCAACCAACUCUCCACAUGCACUCAAGCUGCCCCAGCCCCAGCGUUUCGAGCCAUACCCCGGAUCGCGCCCGCAGCCUCUUGACAUCUCAGCCUAUGGAGCAUCCGCCACAGUACGAGCACGAGGAUUCGAGACACCCAUGCCCUCGCCUUCUGGCUACUCCAUCGUAUCUGCUGAUGGCGCUCCUUCCCUGAUCACCGACACUGGCUCAGAGUCGCGCUCGCCUCGUGGCGCAGCUUCCCCUCUCGACAUCACACUUGCUCCAUUAGUUGGUAGCAGGGAAGAGCGCAAAAGCUCUUCCACCCGCUACUUGCCUACCACCGGCUUUGCGCCCGAAGACGACUCCUCAUACGACCUGCACAGGCGACGCGGCUCAUUACAACUCCCGCCGCUCCACCGCAGUGAAGUCUCUGCGCCCAAGCCUGCGCCUGCCUUCCGGGAGCCCAACUACGAGCGACCACAACCACCGCGACUGCUCACUCAGCCUACCCCUCAGCUCACACAUCACCACUCUAUGCCUCAGUCUGCGCCGACUAGUGUGCCCCAACGAGCGUUGCCCCCUUUCCAUUCGCUCGCAGAGCCGACACUCUCGGUCCCUCAGUCCUCGAGCGCAAGCACCAGUCCAGCUGCGCGACAACUACCGUCACCCUACGUGCUGCCAUCUGUUCCAGCGGAAGUCAGAAGUGCGCCCGUCUCACCAAAGGACAGGAUGUCGCUGCGAAACAUCAUGUAG